AUGGUGGCCCCCGGCUCCGUGACUAGCCGCCUGGGCUCGGUGUUCCCCUUCCUGCUCGUCCUAGUGGACCUGCAGUACGAAGGUGCUGAAUGUGGAGUGAAUGCAGAUGUUGAGAAACAUCUUGAAUUGGGGAAGAAAUUGCUUGCCGCUGGACAGCUGGCUGAUGCGUUAUCACAAUUUCAUGCUGCAGUAGAUGGUGACCCAGAUAACUAUGUUGCUUACUAUCGAAGAGCUACUGCCUUUUUAGCUAUGGGAAAAUCAAAAGCAGCACUUCCUGAUUUAACUAGAGUGAUUGAAUUGAAGAUGGAUUUCACUGCAGCAAGAUUACAGAGAGGCCAUUUAUUACUCAAACAAGGAAAACUUGAUGAAGCAGAAGAUGAUUUUAAGAAAGUGCUCAAAUCUAAUCCAAGUGAAAAUGAAGAAAAGGAAGCCCAGUCCCAACUUAUAAAAUCAGAUGAAAUGCAGCGUUUGCGUUCACAGGCCCUUCAUGCUUUUGAAAACUCAGAUUAUAUUGGUGCUAUAACCUCCCUUGACAAGAUUUUAGAGGUUUGUGUUUGGGAUGCCGAUCUACGGGAACUUCGAGCUGAGUGUUAUAUAAAAGAAGGGGAACCUAGGAAAGCAAUAAGUGACUUAAAAGCAGCAUCAAAAUUGAAAAAUGACAAUACUGAGGCUUUUUAUAAAAUCAGCACACUAUACUACCAACUAGGAGAUCAUGAACUAUCCCUCAGUGAAGUUCGGGAAUGCCUUAAAUUGGACCAAGAUCAUAAAAGGUGUUUUGCACACUAUAAACAAGUAAAGAAACUUAACAAGCUGAUUGAGUCAGCGGAAGAACUCAUCAGAGAUGGCAGAUACACAGAUGCGACCAGCAAGUAUGAAUCUGUCAUGAAAACAGAGCCUAGUAUAUCUGAAUAUACAAUUCGUUCAAAAGAAAGGAUUUGCCACUGCUUUUCUAAGGAUGAGAAGCCUGUUGAAGCUAUUCGGGUGUGUUCUGAGGUUUUACAGAUGGAACCCGACAAUGUGAAUGCUCUGAAAGACCGAGCAGAGGCCUAUUUAAUUGAAGAAAUGUAUGAUGAAGCUAUUCAGGAUUAUGAAACUGCCCAGGAACACAAUGAAAAUGACCAGCAGAUUCGGGAAGGUCUAGAGAAAGCACAAAGACUAUUGAAACAGUCACAGAAAAGAGAUUAUUAUAAAAUCUUGGGAGUAAAAAGAAAUGCCAAAAAGCAAGAAAUCAUUAAAGCAUACCGAAAAUUAGCAAUGCAGUGGCACCCAGAUAACUUCCAGAAUGAAGAAGAAAAGAAAAAAGCUGAGAAAAAAUUCAUCGACAUUGCAGCUGCUAAAGAGGUCCUCUCUGAUCCAGAAAUGAGGAAGAAGUUUGAUGAUGGAGAAGAUCCCCUGGAUGCAGAGAGCCAACAAGGAGGUGGUGGCAAUCCUUUCCACAGAAGUUGGAACUCAUGGCAAGGGUUCAAUCCCUUCAGCUCAGGAGGACCUUUUAGAUUUAAAUUCCACUUCAAUUAA